AAACAAUUUUUUUUUUUCGGUCGCGAGAGAAUGAGGAAUUUGGAAUCUCGAGCUUCUUCCGGUGAAGAGCGUCGCAGUCUCUCAAGAUCUUUUAUCGGAGCUAGGUCAUCGGAUUACUGGGUUUUCUUCCAAAUGUAAAUACAAGUGUAUUUGGCCGAUCCAAAAAAAUCAGAACUUGGUUACUUAUUUGCUUACUGGGUUCUGAUGUGAUGGGAAGUUAUGAAGUUUUCUCUUUUGAUUGAUUCUACAGUCUUGUGAGAUAAGCAAAAUGGCCUCUGCGAAAGGCCCUGUUAAAAAGGGUCAAUCUUCGAUUAAGCAUAGUCGCAAUUUCGCUGAGGCUAAGAGGAAGCUGUCAAAGAUCAGUGAUCACGAACAUGUAGAGUAUGCAUAUGGUUACCAGAGGCACAACAAAAGACGAGGAGAGACCAUGUUGAGUCAAAUCUUGAGCAGGGAUGCGUUGAUAUCAGUAGUUGACUUGAUGUGGGAUCGUUCGGAUUUUGCUUCUGGUAAUUUGAUCAGUUCACUGAAGGAAGGAAAUUUGGAUGAUUCAAAUAGAGAGGAAGUCAAUAAGUACAAAGUCUCGGUUGAUAGUACACGGUGGUCUGCGAAGCAGAAGGUUAAGUCUCAAUUGCCACCAACACCACAGACCAGGGUCGAACUAGUGAGCGUGGCCGAGAAGAUGUGCAUUUUCGAGCCAUAUAAGCGGAACUAUAACCAGUCUUUCUUUAGUUGUUUUAAUCAGGCUAGUGGAGUCAAAUCUAUGAGUGGUUCUUGCAAAGAGAAUGGUUUUCAGUUCUUGGCUAGAUGGGAGACAGAAAAAUUGUAUAGAUGUCAUAAAGGAGGGGCUGUGAUUGAGAAGAGAGAGAAUUUUGAAGACCUUAUCCCCAAUCCUGUCAGCAGUAUAUCAGUAUCUGUUUCAGGAAAUGCCAAUAGAAGUGAUAAUGUCUUCGUCACAGCUGAUUCAGAGGUCCACUCAGCGUCAAUUGAAUCAAGGAGUCCACUAUUAGGAAGCACCACAGAAUCACCGGGAGACACCUGUUUAUCCAGAUCUACAGAUGCGAACUACCUGUUUUUGCUUUACAAAGAUAGGUGUGCCAAUAAGAAAGGAGUGAACAUAAUAAAUUCGAAAUGUGGCACGGAUUCUGAUACUGAGAUUUCUUCUUCCUCAGGGAAUAACUCAGACGAAAACAGCUUAUCUAUGGUUGAAAAUAAACAGUUGCUUAAUAGAGAUAGAAAAGACCAAGAAACUGAAUUUUGUUCGUCCUCUACAGAAACGCCUACUUACGCCUUUGCUAAACAGCGGCAUGCUUUUGCUGGUGCGUUGGCUGGCGUAAGCGUCAGUCUUUGUCUUCAUCCACUUGAUACAGUCAAGACAAUGAUUCAGUCAUGCCACUUGGAGGAGAAGUCUCUAUGCCAUACCGGGAGAUCAAUUGUAUCCGAAAGAGGUUUUUCUGGACUUUACCGGGGGAUUGCUAGCAACAUUGCCUCAUCAGCUCCAAUUUCAGCCCUAUAUACGCUCACUUAUGAAUCAGUUAAAGGAGCUCUGCUUCCUCUUUUUCCUAAGGAAUAUUGCUCCCUUACCCACUGCAUAGCUGGGGGUUCUGCAAGCGUAGCAACUUCAUUUAUUUUCACACCAAGUGAGCGUAUAAAACAGCAGAUGCAAGUCAGUUCACAUUAUCGUAAUUGCUGGACCGCAUUGUUCGGAAUUAUUCAGAAGGGUGGUCUACUUUCUUUAUAUGCUGGAUGGAGUGCAGUCCUGUGUAGAAAUAUCCCACACUCAAUCAUUAAGUUCUAUGUUUACGAAAACAUGAAGCGAAUGGUAUUACCAUCCCUCGGUCCUUGUGGUCAAACGGCUCAACCCACCACAAUACAAACGCUCAUAUGUGGAGGACUAGCGGGAUCCGCUGCUGCUUUCUUCACAACCCCAUUUGAUGUAGUCAAAACAAGAUUCCAAACUCAGAUUCCUGGAUCUAGUAACCAACAUAUUAGUGUGUAUCAAACUCUUCAAUCAAUAGGCAAACAAGAAGGUGUAAGAGGUCUAUACAGAGGUUUGAUCCCCAGACUGGUGAUGUACAUGUCCCAAGGAGCCAUAUUCUUUGCUUCAUAUGAAUUUUACAAGAGUGUACUCUCUCUACAAGCGGCACAACCCGAUCUUUCGCUCUCUGGCACAAAACAAAAGAUGGAGAUAACCCUAACCCAUUAUAGGACAAGGAUAGUUAAGCCACCAAUAUAAAGACUG